AGGGAGAAGGCACACUGCAAGAAAACUAGACUCAACCCAACCCCUACCUUCUCCUUUCUCUCCUUAUCCAAACACUAUUUUCAUUUCCCGUUUCCGGGUAGGAAAAUAUGGAGAACAAGCAAGACAAUCAUGAGUUCAUUUUCCGGUCGAAGUUGCCGGACAUUUACAUACCGAACCAUCUCCCUCUACACACUUACUGCUUCGAGAACAUCUCACAGUUCCAUGACCGUCCUUGCCUAAUCAACGGCAAUACCGGCGAUACCUUCACCUACGCAGACGUCGAGCUCACCUCUCGCAGAAUCGCCGCCGGUUUAGACAAUCUAGGCAUUCAGCAAGGCGAGGUAGUCAUGCUCCUUCUCCAAAACUGCGUUGAAUUCGCGUUCGCGUUCCUCGGUGCUUCUUACAUCGGAGCCAUCAUCACCACCGCGAACCCUUUCUACACUCCGGCCGAGGUCGCCAAGCAAGUCACUGCCUCUAAAACAAAGUUGAUCAUAACUCAGACAGCCUACAUCGAUAAGGUGAAGGAGUUUGCCAAGCUCAACAACGUGAAAGUCAUGUCCGUGGACGAGACGUCCUCGUCUGACGAGGACGUGUUGCAUUUCUCGGAGCUGACAUCGGCUGACGAGAGCGAGAUCCCGGCGGUGAAGAUUAACCCGGAUGACGUUGUGGCGCUGCCUUAUUCUUCCGGCACGACAGGACUGCCGAAAGGGGUGAUGCUGACGCACAAGGGUCUGGUGACCAGCGUAGCGCAGCAGGUCGACGGCGAAAACCCGAACCUCUACUUCCACAAGGAGGACGUGAUCCUCUGCGUGCUGCCCUUGUUCCAUAUUUACUCUCUAAACUCUGUCUUCCUCUGCGGCCUUCGCGUCGGGGCGACAAUUCUGAUCAUGCAGAAGUUUGAGAUCAACAAGUUGUUGGAGUUGGUGGAGACGAAAAAGGUCACGAUUGCCCCGUUUGUGCCUCCGAUUGUAUUGAACAUCGCCAAGAGUCCCGAUCUCCACCGUUACGACUUGUCGUCGAUUCGGAUGGUGAUGUCCGGCGCGGCUCCGAUGGGGAAGGAGCUCGAGGACACUGUCAGGGCGAAACUACCGAAUGCCAAACUCGGACAGGGUUAUGGGAUGACUGAGGCUGGACCAGUUCUAUCAAUGUGCUUGGCUUUUGCAAAAGAACCCUACGAGAUAAAAUCAGGUGCGUGCGGGACCGUGGUAAGAAAUGCUGAAAUGAAGAUCAUUGACCCCGACACCAAUGAAUCCCUUCCCCGAAACCAAUCCGGAGAAAUUUGCAUCCGAGGGAGCCAAAUUAUGAAAGGAUACCUGAAUGAUCCUGAAGCGACUGCGAGGACCAUAGACAAAGAAGGAUGGUUGCACACAGGUGAUAUAGGAUACAUUGACGAUGAGCUCUUCAUCGUAGACCGGUUAAAGGAACUCAUCAAAUACAAAGGUUUCCAAGUCGCACCGGCGGAGCUCGAAGCCAUGUUGAUCUCCCAUCCCAACCUCUCCGAUGCUGCUGUUGUACCGAUGAAAGAUGAGGCUGCAGGAGAGGUUCCCAUUGCAUUUGUUGUCAGAUCAAACGGUUCCAAGAUCUCUGAGGAUGACAUUAAGCAAUACAUAUCAAAACAGGUGGUGUACUACAAGAGAAUAAGUAGGGUUUUCUUCACAGACAAAAUCCCAAAAGCUCCUUCUGGCAAAAUAUUGAGAAAAGACUUGAGAGCAAGACUGGCUGCAGGUCUAGCCAAUUAGGGCUCCAGCAACUGAAAAGUUACUACAAACACAGUAACAUCAGAUUAUCUAAGUGUGAUGAAGGCCAAAAACGCCUAUGUAUCAAUGUUGUCGGCUAAUUUUCCGAUAUCGACAAGGGAAAAUGAAGAUGGAAGGAAAUUGAUUCAUUUCCAACUGUAUUCUAUCAUGGGCUGAUUUUUCAAGCCUUUGUAGUCUGUAUGUAUCUAUAAUCGUCCUCUCCGGGACAAAUUAAGGAAAAAGGGAGAGGAAGUCAUAGGCUUUAUACAAAUUUGUUUUAUGUAUAGGGUGUUGGAUCAAUUGGACUAAAAACUUGUUUGCAA